UUUUGUUUCCCAGGUCCGUCUAUGCGAUUGUCCAGGCCUGGUGUUCCCUUCGAAGGUGCCGCGGCCUAUCCAGAUCCUCAUGGGGUCUUACCCCAUAGCUCAGCUUAGGGAACCAUACACCACAAUCAGGUAUCUAGCAGAAAGGCUAGACUUGCCCAAGCUGUUGCGAAUGGAUCACCCGGAGAACGACGAUGUCUGGUCCCCUAGAGACAUUUGCGAUGGCUGGGCUAAGAAACGAGGGUAUCUCACUGCUAAGGCGGCCAGGUUAGAUACAUACAGGGCAGCUAACAGCCUACUUAGAAUGGCGCUAGACGGCAAGAUAUGCCUUUGGUUGAGACCUCCAGGUUUCACAGAGCGAAAAGACCACUUCGAAACCUGCCCAGAAGUGAAGUACGUCAAAUGGGUGCAGGCUUUAACAUCAGCUGAAGACAAGCAAGACACUCCAGUGACAUCUUCAAGUGAGAAUGAUGAUUCCAACGGUUCAGAAGCCGAAGAGAGCGCUGAUGAUGAUUAUGACGAUGAUGUGGGCGUCGCUAAGAACAGAUUCAUGGCGCUUUUGGACGAGUAAAUCUUAUUUAACCCUUAAUUGGUCAGUUCAGUUACAGUUUUGGACCGAGUUUGGACCUUAACACAAGAAAAUAAAGUUCUAAAUAAUUUAGCUUUUAAGCUAAAUCACAUUUAAUCCUUAAUUGGACAAGUCAGUUUCAAUUUUUUUUAUUAUGGACCUUAACAGAUAUUGGAGAGAUUCAUGGUUCCUUUAACCCUUAAUUGGAACCCUUAAUUAAAAAUGUUCCUUUUAUUUAACCUACUUCUGAAAAAAAGGUUCUCAAUUCGACUGUAUUUUUUGUAUGUUUCAAGUCAAUUAAUCGAUUGCCACAGGUGGGAAUUGAACCAACGACCUUUUGAUGGGUGAUUGCUUUUAUAAUUUUAUAUUUGUAAGACUGAAAGUAAAUGGCAUCUACUAACCAGUAGAAUUUAUAAGAUUCCAAUCUUUCGAUCAUAAAGGUAUAGAUCGUUUAAUCCACGAAGACGCGCCCCACCAUUCUUCCGCUAAUGUUUGAGUGUUAUCGGUACACGCUAAAUGCUCCAUGAGU